AUGGACCCCAGUCCUUGUUUGUUUGCUUGCUUGUCGGGGUUCAAUGCUUGCGUUGUCCUUGAGCGCCGCUGCGGCCCGUCCCCCGACACCACACCACACCACACCCCUCGACACAACGACACGACACGACACGACACGAUUGGCAGCAGACGCCCCUAUGGCGCCCCGUACGUCGGAUGCCAGGAUUCUGGACGACCUCUCUCACUGCCGCUGGGCUUCGCCGUGCUAUCUCCACAGACCGCUGUGAAACCCUGA